UGUUACUUCCUGGCCCCGGUUUCAUGCAUGUGGGGGGGAGAGACAAGUCGAUGCCAGCAGUAGCCGGAGGACCUCAGCUUCUUCUUUUACUCCUUCGCGAAAAGAGAGCUCCAAGGCCCUCAAGAAGAACCAGGAGCUGCUGGUCGCAAAGGUAAGCCAUCGCUAGUGUUUUCUGACACUGCCAUUUUUUGACAGGGAUGCCCCAUUCGGUGCUCGACUGGGGUUGCCCAUGUGGCGAAACGCAGCGCCACCCUUUCCAGCCUUACUCAGAAGCCUGCCUUACUGAGUCCAGUGAGACUUAUUCCCUCGUAGAGAAAGCAGCUGUAGGCUGAAGACAGGCAAUUAUAUGCACACAUAGAUAAUACAUAGGUAAUAGAGAAGCACCGUUGCUCAACAUUACCACAUGCAUCCUCGUGAUCACGCUGACGGAGAGUUUUUUGUGACAGUUCAAAUACCUUCAUAGCAGAGCACAUGUUUCGUUUGAGACUGGGAAUGUUUUCUUUGUAAUUCCGUUUCACAUUGGUUUUGCAUGCCAGCUUUUUUUCGGGGGUGAGGGGAGGAGAAAAGGUAUAUAUAGUGCUAUUUCGUAGGAAAAGAGGUGAACUCACCAUGAACGCCUGCCUUGUUCUCUUCUCAUGGCAAAGGCGCCCACCUGAGAAGUGGCAGAACUGAGUUCUGGUGAGUUCCACCUGAAACAAGCCCUGGGUAUACAUUUUUGAAUACAAAUAUAUAAUCACCCUGAAGCCUCAUGGGUGGGAUGCAAGAGCAGGGCCCCACAGGUCAGGGUGUUUAUCACAGGAAAUAAUGUGUUUGUCACCUACAAUCAGCUCUCACAGAAAGCCACUGCCUGUCUGGAACCAAGAGCUGGUGUAAUGUAGUGGCUGGAAUUAUCUGGAAAAAGAUCUGUGAGACUCAGGUUCACAUCCUCACUCUGUCCCAAAACUUGCUGGGUGACCUUGGGCCGGUUUCUAUCUCUCUCUCUCUCUGCCUAGCCUACCUCUCAGGGUUGUUUGUCAUGAUCAAAUAGGUGCGCAGUUAGAACAUUUACUCAGUACGAAUUAUAGUGGCUGCAAAAUCCGGAUUGGGAGAGUGAGAUUGUGAUGGCUGGAUUUGUGCAUUUGGCUGAGGAGCUGUAGCUCAGCAGGAACUUCCAGACAACGUGUUUGUUGAUCGUUCAUCCUGAUUUUGUUUUGAGGAAGGUUAGAUGAAGCUGUGUGGAAGAAAGUGAGACCCCACACUUUGCAGUGCAUUUUCGCGUCACUUUCUUUAUUGCAAAAAGUCCAAUACUUUGGGGAAGCAGGUUUCUUCUGCAAGACUUCCCAAUCAACUUAGACUUGUUUAACCUUAAUUUGUCGGCAUGUGAUUGAAUCCCUUACAAAAACAGUGACAUCGAUAUCUAUUUAUUUACAUGCACAAGAUCCCAAGUUUGAUCCCUAUUUAAGCAUUUUAAGUGUCGGUCUCUGCUGGGAUGUUAAAGAUAAAGAUCUGCUGAGAUGGUAAAGGGACCCCUGACCAUUAGGUCCAGUCGUGACCGACUCUGGGGUUGCAGCGCUCAUCUCGCUUUAUUGGCCGAGGGUCAUGUGGCCAGCAUGACUAAUCCGCUCCUGGCGAACCAGAGCAGCGCACAGAAACGCUGUUUACCUUCCCGCCGGAGCGGUACCUAUUUGUCUACUUGCACUUUGACGUGCUUUCAAACUGCUAGGUUGGCAGGAGCUGGGACAGAGCAACGGGAGCUCACCCCGUCACGGGGAUUCGAACCAUCGACCUUCUGAUCGGCAAGAAGAAGAAGAAGAGGAGUUUGGAUUUGAUAUCCCGCCUUUCACUCCCUUUAAGGAGUCUCAAAGCGGCUAACAUUCUCCUUUCCCUUCCUUCCCCACAACAAACACUCUGUGAGGUGAGUGGGGCUGAGAGACUUCAAAGAAGUGUGACUGGCCCAAGGUCACCCAGCAGCUGCAUGUGGAGGAGCGGGGACGCGAACCCGGUUCCCCAGAUUACGAGUCCACCACUCUUAACCACUACACCACACUGGCUCUCCUAGGCUCUGUGGUUUAACCCACGUCCCGCACAUCUGCUUACCAGUCAGCAAAGACUGUGUUGUGCUAGAUUCAGCAGCUUCAGAAACCCAGUGUAAGUACCUUGGUUUGUGUAUCAGACCAGGGAAGUCUAGCUUCAAAUUUCCAGUAUUCAGAUUUAUUCAAAAGGCAGCAAGUGAUUCAAAUUCCCACUGAGCUACGAAACUUACUAGGUCAGCUGAGGCUAGUCAUUAUCUCUCAGCCUGCCCUACCUGACACGGUUGUUGCAGAAGAGGGUAAAAUGUAAGAGAGAAAUACAUGUGUGCUGCCUCUAGCUGCUUGGAGAAAAGGCAGAAAAUUCCUGCAGCAAAUAACUAAAUCUGUAUGCUCACGUUUUCAGGCACGAGAUCUUAUAGCCAUCUUUGUAGUUUGGAUAUCUGCUUGUUGUUGGGCUUUUUUACGUAAUGUUUGUAUGUAAAUUGCUCCCCUUUUGACCUGUGACAUCAGACAGCCAGGACUAUCUGCUAACGGGACAAUGGGUUUCCCACCCACUCCUUUUUUUUCCUGAGGGUGCAGGGAGGUAAAGAGUCUAUGGUCACAUCCACAGCAUAUAUUUAAAGCACACUUACAUCACUUUAGGAGUCAUGUUUUCCCCACCCUCAGAAGAAUCCUGUGAACUAUAGUUUGUUAAGGGUGCUGGGAGUUAUAGCUCUGUGAGGGGUCCCUUAGCAACUCAAAGCACGCUUAACAAACGACAGCUCCCAGUAUUCUUUGGGGGAAGCUGGGGGGGUUGUUCAGGGGGUUUCAUUGGGGUUUUUUGUUGCUGUUCAUGAUGUUAUUUCUUUGUACCUUUAUUUUUAGAUCUUACUAUGAUGGAAACUGUUCGGUUUGGCUGUGUAUUUUCGAUGUGUUUUAUGUAUCGUUCUUGACCACUUUCCUUCUGUUUGCAAUUAUGUGAAUCUUUUAAUGUGGUAAAUGGCCUGGAACGUGGUUUUAAGUAUGGAAAGGUACAAAUAAAAUGAUGGUGAUGACUCUUUGAAGUGGUAUAAGAGUGUAUCUUGUGGAUGUGAGCUUAGUGGCGGGCUGACCCUGUCUAAUUACAGCUCUGAAUUAAGAGUAAUAAUAAUAAUAAUAUUUUAUUUAUACCCCACCCUUCCCAGUUCAAAAACUGGGCUCAGGGUGGCUAACAACAAAUUUAAAACACUUAAUUGUAAAAGCAGCAUAAAAUACAAUAUAAAAAACAUGAAUAAUAAUAAAAUUCAAAAUUCAGAUGGCUGUGACUUCUCGGGAGCUCAACAACCCAGGGAUCCUCUUUCGUUGCCUCAUCUUUAUUUCACAACUGGGGUUGCUUUGUACAUUCCACCCAUUCCAUUAGCUUUUUAAGAAAAUGUGAAAUUGAGAGUUGGCAGGAGGCUUUUUCAUUCUUCCAUCCUCCUCCCAGAUGCACCUUGCCUUUCUUCCCUGUGACUUUGCUAAGGGCUCUGGACGAUAAAAGCCCAGCACCAUGAUUAUUGCUUCUGUGUCCCACUUCUCAUUUGUGGAGGGGCCUUACCCUAGAGGUCAGGGACAAACUUUGCACAUCCCUUCCUUGUUGGACGGUUGCCUGUUUCUCUGCUCUGUAAGUUGACUCGCUGCUGCUUCCUCCCCCAGUCCAUGGUUGCUGUAAGCUUUGUGUUUUCGUUUUAAUUUGGGCGUGAGCUAAUUUGCACUUCCUUUGGAUGAUUUAGAUCUAGGGACAUCCACAAUAUACACAUAAACACAGAGAGAAAGAAUUGCCUUUAUUUAUAUAUUUUUUAAAAGUGCAUAUUUACACAGGCAUGGCUUCAUCCAAAGAUUCCUAGAAAAUGUAGUUUACCCUUCUUCUUCUUCUUCUUCUUCUUCUUCUUCUUCUUCGAUCACUCGUAGCCGAGUAAGAUUGUCUUCCAUAAACACAGUUUUAACCAUGAGUCCGUAAGUGACUGUGGAGGCCAAUUCUGGAUCCACACGUCCUUCCACAGUGAGGACAUUGGUUUCCGGGCAGGAGCUGAUCACUGUGUGGAUUUGCCAAGCAUGCCUUCCUCUUAGCACGUUUCUCCCUUGCGUCCUGAGUUUGAGUGUCUUCAAAGCCCAUGACACCUUUGGUAAAGGCUGUUCUGCAAUUGGAGCACUCGCAGGCAAGUGUUUCCCAAUUGUUGGUGUUUUAUACUACAUUUUUAAAGAUUUGCCUUGAGACCUCUUUUGUUGACCACCAGCAUUACACUUUCCAUUUUUAAGUUCAGAAUAGAGUACAGUGGUACCUCGGGUUAAGAACUUAAUUCGUUCUGGAGGUCCAUUCUUAACCUGAAACUGUUCUUAACCAGAGGUACCAAUUUAGCUAAUGGGGCCUCCCGCUGCCACCACAUGAUUUCUGUUCUCAUCCUGAAGCAAAGUUCUUAACCCGAAGUACUAUUUCUGGGUUAGCAGAGUAUGUAACCGGAAGCGUCUGUAACCCAAGGUACCACUGUAGUUUCUUUUGAAGACGAUAAUCAGGCAUCCGCACAACAUGACCAGUCCAGCAAAGGUGAUGUUGAAGAAUCAUUGCUUCAACACUGGUGAUCUUUGCUUCUUCCAGUACACUGAUAUUAGUUCGCCUGUCUUCCCAAGUGAUGUGUAAAAAUUUUCAGAGACACCAUUGAUGGAAUCUUUCGAGGAGUUGGAGAUGGCGUGGUCCAUGUUUCACAACCAUACAGUAAGGUUGGUAGGACAAUAGCUUUGUAAACAAGCAUUUUGUUUUCCCUGCAGAUGUCCCGAUCCUCAAACACUCUGCACUUCAAUUGGGAGGAAGCCAGACUUGCAGAGCUCAGGCGGUGCUGGAUUUCGGCAUCAAACUCUGUUGCAGGGGUGAGGCAGUUCUCCAUAGACAUUGGUCAGUGUAGCUUAGAUUGUAGAGCCAGGGGCCUAAAGAAGAGAUGAGGAACCUAUGGCCCUCCAGUCAUAGUUAGACUCCAACUCCCAUCAGCCCCAGUUGGUGUGGCCAAUGGUCAAGGAUGAUGAGAGUUGUAGUCCAACAACAUCUGGAGGGCAAUGGAUAAGCCUGGCAUAACAGGAUCUGGUGUCAGGGCUGGACCAGGCCUUUCGCCAGCCUAAAAGGCCAAGGAGGGGCACUGAAAAAAUAGAGGGGCAGUUUAUCCCUUGUUGGCAUCCAUUUGUCUCAAGGGUCAGUGGGGUGCACCUCCGGGGGUGAAGUCAAACCACUGUGUUAGCAGCAUCAAAGUGACCUCUCUGGGGUGCAGGUCUGGGCAGUGUGUCUGGAGGUCCUGGGCUGCCCAGACAACGACACCCCCCUCUCGGUCUUGCUGAUGUGCUUCAAGGGAAAGCAGAGCAAUCCAUCUGGCAUUAGCUUGGCUGCAGAAGUUGCUGGAAGGAGACAUCUAAGACAACCAUCUUAGGGACUCCAUUCCGGAUUUGUGUAGGGUUUACUCCAGAGCCUUUCCCUCUCCUGAAGAUAUCCUGCAAAGCAGCAGAGGUUUAGAAUCAGAGCUUUCCUUUGCCUAGAUGGGCUACCUUCCCAGGUGGAUGAGCCCUCUCUGCCUCUCAUUUCCUUCUACAGCACAUGCAGAAACCGCCUUCUUGACCAUUGGACCCACUGUUGGUCUCGUUCGCUCAAUCCACUGGAGCCUGUCUUCGCAUGCAGGGAAAGUCCCUAACUCACCAAGGGUUUGAGACCCAUCGGCUAGCCUCUCCUGGUUUAGCCAGCCAGUUUAAGCCCUUUCCCGAGGUGUGGCUACUUUUGCCUGCUGACAGCUUCUAGGAGCCACAGGUGAGAGCUGAGGGACCAAAGGUGGUGACCAAAGGUGGACAAACUACCCCAGAAGGGGCAUGACGUGUCCCCCAACAGAUGUACUAUACUUCCCCUAACCCUUAUGUAGUCAUCCCUAUGUACUCAUUCAUGUUUUACUGUGGUGUAGUGGUUAAGAGCGAUAGACUCGUAAUCUGGGGAACCGGGUUCACUUCCCCGCUCCUCCACAUGCAGCUGCUGGGUGACCUUGGGCCAGUCACACUUUUUGGAAGUCUCUCAGCCCCACUCACCUCACAGAGUGUUUGUUGUGGGGGAGGAAGGGAAAGGAGAAUGUUAGCCGCUUUGAGACUCCUUUGGGUAGUGAUAAAGCGGGAUAUCAAAUCCAAACUCCUCCUCUUCUUCUUCUUCUUCUUCUUCUUCUUUUCAUUAUGGAUAAUAAUGAUCAUAAUUGCUGUUACCUGUACAGGCUCUGUAGUGGCUAUAGGCCAAGUCAGGGAGCCAGUGUGGUGUAGUGGUCAAAGUGUCAGACUAAGACCUGGGAGACCCAGGGUUCAAAUCCCCACUGGACUAUGAAACACACUGAACAACCUUAGGCCAUUCACUGCCUCUCAGCCUAACCUAUGUGACAGAGGAUUAAGUGAGACAAGGGAGAACCACAAAGGCCACCUUGAGCUCCUUGGAGGAAAAGAUGGGUUAUAAAUGCAAUGAAAUAAAGUAAUUAAGUAAUUAAAACACUGAAAGGAGCAAGCAGGCCAACCUCACAUCUCUCAAGUUCUGCAAAUGAUAGAAACUUGCUCUUCUUUUAUCAAAAUGAAAGCUGGGGAUCUGGAGAGUAUGGUUCAUUGAAGAAGGGAGUUGCAAUAAACUGAAACAAAAGCUUCUUUCUAAAUUCCCAUCUCCCCAAAUUUUGCAAUGCAGUUCUCCAGCCAAGAACUGUGUACAAAAAUGUACCUGCUACAGUAAAGUGUACAUAUAAAUGUGUGCAUAUUAGUAAAAAAUGAAUUAAAUUGUGAGAAACGGCUUGUAAAAAUGUGUAUACUCAGCAAAACUGCCUAGAAAAAUGAGGAAAAUUUCAGCCUAUCGUUGAUGCAUUUUCGCAAGGGAUUUUUUAAAAAGAAAUUUGAAAAUUGCAUUGUGUCAGGUGUGGUGAGGGUAAGAACGGGGCUUCAAAGGAACAAUCGGAAGCUUAAAAUUCCCAGUUAUUCCUUUGAUUGAGCAAGGUGAGCUGGUUAAUUCUCUGAUCGAGCAAGCAGGCCUCCACCCAAUGUGAUUCUCUUUCAAACCUCCACAGUUUAAAAGCAAAACACAGAGGGAUUGUUUGAAAGUGCAAUCCCACCCCAUCCAAGCGCACCUUAACUCAAGGCUUUCAAAUACCCCCAUCCCAAGCUUUGCAAGCCGAUCAGCACAAUGCUGAAGGCUUUAAAAUGACCCCCCAUCCUCAGAUGUUUGUAGGAGAAGCACGGAGUAGAGGGCAUCUGAAAGCCCUUGAUAAACAUCACCCUGUUAUGAUGUUCCCCAAGGGCUGUUUGAAAGCCCUGUGAUUCCCGACAAUGGCGGGAAGCUUCACCUGAUGUAAUGAUGACAUUUGGUGAUUGACAGGUGGGCGGCCCUGCAUGCCUGUCAACUUUGGCGCACUGGGAUGUGGGUGGGGCUAAAAAUCAGGCUCCUCCGGCCAGAACAGGUUCCCUUAGAGCCUCUUCAUUGGUUCUUGACAUUCCCAAAAGAAGGCAAUUCAUCCCUUCCACCCACCUUGGUGCAUUACUGAUGCAGCAAGCUGGGAACUAUCUGCUUUCACUUUUGAUAUGCUCAGCUCUUCUGUCUGUGGGUGGAGUGACCACUAGAGGUGAAGCAACCGCCAUAGCUAUGGUUUGUCAGAUCAGGCAUCCCACCUAACCAUAGGUGGUGCGCAAGCUACAACUUGCAAAGCCACUUGAAAGCAUGGUUGCUAAGUCUGGUUGGAGAGCAUAUCACAGAAGCUUCUGAGAUCUGCGCACAUCUGCCCUGUGUGGCAAACCACUGACCUGCUUGUGGUAGUAGCCUUCUCAGUGAAGGGCAUUUAGAUCCUCAACUUCCUCUGCCAACGCAUGUUGCCCAUUGGAUCCUCCUGAGAAGGACAAGGUAUAAGAGAACUUCCUGUUCCAGACAAGCCUUUCUUGAUCAACAAGGUAUGAAGAACAUAAGAAGAAGCAAUGGCCCAUCACAGUGAACAACCACAUGCCUCUGAUGCUGACCUUUCAAGCCCUAAACAGCCUCGGCCCAGCAUAUCUGAAGGAGCGUCUCCACCCCCAUCUUUCAGCCCGGACACUGAAGUCCAUCUCCAAGGGCCUUCUGGUGGUUCCCUCACCACGAGAAGUGAGGUUACAGGGAACCAGGCAGAGGGCCUUCUUGUUGGUGGAACACCCUCCCUGUGGAAAACCCUCCCAUCAGAUGUCAAGGAAAUAAACAACUACAGUGAUACCUCGGGUUACAUACACUUGCAGGUUACAGACUCCGCUAACCCAGAAAUAUUACCUUGGGUUAAGAACUUUGCUUCAGAACAGAAAUCGCGGUGCGGCAGCAAUGGGAGGCCCCAUUAGCUAAAGUGGUGCUUCAGGUUAAGAACAGUUUCAGGUUAAGAACGGACCUCCAGAAUGAAUUAAGUACUUAACCCGAGGUACCACUGUAUCUGACUUUUAGAAGACAUCUGAAGGCAGCCCUGUUUAGGGAAGUUUUUGAUGUUUGAUGUUUUAUUCUGUUUUUAUGUAUGUUGAAAGAAGCCUAGAGUGGCUAGGGAAACCCAGCCGGAUGGGUGGGGUAUAAGUAAUAUCUUAUUAUUAUUAGGUAAAGGGUAAAGGGUCCCCUGACCAUUACGUCCAGUCAUGACCGACUCUGGGAUUGCAGUGCUCAUCUCACUUUAUUGGCCGAGGGAGCCAGCAUACGGCUUCCGGGUCAUGUGGCCAGCAUGACUAAGCCGCUUCUGGCGAACCAGAGCAGUGCACGGAAACGCCAUUUACCUUCCUGCCAGAGUGCUACCUAUUUAUCUACUUGCACUUUGACGUGCUUUCAAACUGCUAGGUGGGCUGGAGCUGGGACCGAGCAACGGGAGCUCAUCCCGUCGCAGGGAUUUGAACCACCGACCUUCUGAUCGGCAAGUCCUAGGCUCUGUGGUUUAGACCACAGCGCCACCCGCGUCCUAUUAUUAUUAAUCCACAAGCAGGACCGGAACACAAGAGCUCUCUCACCUCUUGUGGUUUCCAGCAACUAGAAUUCAGAAGCAUUGCUGCCUCUGACCAUGGAGGCAGAGUAUAGCUAUUAUGGUUAGUAGCCUUUGCUAGCUCACUCCUCUGUGAAAGCCAUCCAUGUUGGCGGCUAUCACUGCUUCCUGUGGCAGUGAGUUCCAUAGUUUAGCUAUGUGUUGUAUAUUGUAAAAUGUAUUGCUUAAUCAGCCCCACUGCCCCCUCCUCUAAGCAGUGUACAUAGAAUCAUAGACUUGGAAGGCACCGCAGAUAUCAUCUAGUCCAGCCCUCUGCAAUGCUGGAAUCUUUCGCCCCACACGGGACUCAGAUCCCAGGACCUUGAGAUUAACAUUCUCAUUCUCUAGCGACUGAGCUAGCCCUUGUGGAACAGUAUCAAAUAUUCAAUAGACAACACUAGUAAAAUUAAACUUGGAAACAGACAGACGUAAUUAAAUGCUUCGGGGUAUAGACAAAUAAUCAGCAGUUUUAAAAAAACAAACGGUACGAUGCGAUAAUCUUUAUUGUCAUUGUCCCAUACAGAACAAUGAAAUUGAAAAAAUCUACAUCAGACAUUCAAAAACCAACAAGCCUGAUAUCCCAGCUAUCCCAGCCUGGUUAUCCCCCUAAAAACUCUGAUACCCCAUAAUUAGAUACAAUAUACUCCUAUAGAGAGUACCUUACACUACGUUUAAAACCAAAAUCGCAUUUGGAUAGAAACUCUUUCUCAGGUGGGUGGGUGGCACUGUGGGUUAAACCACAGAGCCUAGGACUUGCCGAUCAGAAGGUUGGCGGUUUGAAUCCCUGCAACAGGGUGAGCUCCCGUUGCUCAGUCCCUGCUGCUGCCAACCUAGCAGUUCGAAAGCACGUCAAAGUGCACGUAGAUAAAUAGGUACUGCUCCGGCGGGAAGGUAAACGGCGUUUCCAUGCGCUGCUGUGGUUUGCCAGAAGCGGCUUAGUCAUGCUGGCCACAUGACCUGGAAGCUAUAGUGCUUCAGGUUAAGAACUUUGCUUCAGGAUGAGAAUAGAAAUCAUGCUCCGGUGGCGCGGCGGCAGCAGGAGGACCCAUUAGCUAAAGUGGUGCUUCAGGUUAAGAACAGUUUCAAGUUAAGUACAGACCUCCGGAACGAAUUAAGUACUUAACCCGAUGUACCACUGUAUCCGUUUUGCUCAGGAACUGGACAGAGACAACAGAAGGAAGAAUAACUGGGUAUUACCUUGGAGUGAUCAUUUCAAAUAUUUUCAAGAAAUCUUGUAUAUACAGCUGACAGACAGAUAGUUGGAUAGUUUUAUUCUGUAUUCCUCUCUGGUCAUCCCCCCACCCCCACCCCGGUCCUUUUAAAAUUCUUUAUACCUCUCUGGUCCUUUUUUCUCCCUGUGUGAGAGGCAGGGAAGGGGAGAUCUCCCAGGGUGCAAGGCUGGGGGAAGAAAGGGAUGCUCCCAGGUGAGAGCUGGGAGGACACACCUUUUUCUGCAUGGGACAAAAAUUAAGAUACAGUGGUACCUUGGUUGUCGAACUUAAUCCGUUCCAGGAGUCCAUUCAACUCCCAGGACUGUUUGAAAACCAAGGCGCAGCUUCCGAUUGGCUGCAGGAGCUUCCUACACUCAAUCGGAAGCUGUGUCGGACAUACGGCUUUGAAAGAACAUUCAAAAACCGGAACACUUAAGUACAAGUAACAAAGCGUUUGAGAAACAAGGUAUGGCUGUAUAUCUGUGAGAGAGGGCUUCACAUUUUUCUAUCUCUCUUUCUUUAGCUCUCUUUUCUUCCUUUCUUCUUUGUUUAGAUUAGUUUGUUUUUUUAUUGUACUACGCAAAAGUUUUAAUAAAACCUCAUUUUUUAAAAAAAGGAACUGGGUAGAGACGGUAGCAAGCAAAUGAGAACAAGUUGUUAUCUAAUAACCCUGGAAUGUAUGCUACUAAGGUUCUUUUGUCAUGUUAGUUUCCCCUGUAAUUCUCAUAGUCAACAAAGAUCAAAUUAAUUCCCCAUUGUCAUCAUUCUGUGUCUAUACCAUUCUAUAGUAAACUACGCUCAAGGUGGAUCACAACUCGGGGGGGCGCAAUUUCCCCACAAUUCAUAAUUUACAGAAUACAACAAGCUGCUUUCUUUUUGCUUUAUGUUUAUUUUUAUUUAAAAGAAAGAGGGGGAAGUAACUCAGGGUCCCUUCUACAAAUCUAUGAUUUGAUUAUUCAAUGAAAUAAUCGGUAAGUUAGUGAAAGCCUCUCAUCCAAAAAUAUUCCACAAAAUUGAACUAUACCCUUAAUAAGGUCUAUCAACAAAAUGCAAAAAUAAAAAUAAUGCAUCACCAAAAAUUAAAUCUUAGUGUCAACAGAAGCCUUGAACACCACACCACCCUGAUCACAGAGCAGCUCACAAAAUAUACUAUUACUAUAGCGCUUGCCAACCUGGCACUUUCCAGAUGUUCUGGACUGCAAAUUCCCAUCAGCCCCAGCCAGCGAUGGUGGGAGUUGGCAUCAGGAGGGCACCAGGUUGACAAAUGUUGGAAGACGAGGCGGUAAACAACUAAAAACUGGAUCAGUUCAUAACCCACUAACCUAACAGUAAGGUCAACAGGAAAUUUGGUUGCCGUUGUUAUUUCUUCACACACUCUGUCUGUUUUUAUCUGCUCUCCCACCCUGCUUCUCCCACACUGGCAACUCGCAUGCAUGGCCUGGUGUGAUUUCCUGCUUGGCUCAGUAUCUAAACACCUCCGUUCUUUUCACUUUCCCCUACAACAACAGGACUGACUCUAAGUUUGAGCCAAGCUGGCACCCUUACCCAGAGAGGCAACAGGCAGCAGCAACCUAGCCCAUGCCAGCCACUGUUUAAAUUUCCCACAGUGCCUAUAUUUCUCAAGAAUAUUGUGGGAAAUUAAAACGACAGGUUCCAAACCCCAACUGGGAGGCCCCCAUCUUUGUUUCCCACAAUGCCCCGGGAAACGUUACAUUAAGGGCAUUGUGGGAGAUUCCUGGAAUUGUAUCUGGCUAGGACCUUCUGCAUGCAAAGGAGAUGCCUCACCAUUGUGCUACGGUCCCUCCCAGUGAUUUGGGAAUCACUGCCCCUAAGGCGUUAGGAGAUAAUAUCGUUACAAAAGUUGCGUGCCACCCACACCCUCUGCCAAGCUGCAACAAGAGCCCAUGGGGUGCCAGGCAUUCACUCAGGGUCUGUGUUCCUUUGGAGAAUUGAGACAUGGCAGAAACUGUCGUAGUUUUAAGAAACAUGACUUAUUCACCUAUUUACACUUCAGUCCAGAUCUUACAGCAUGGUCAUUUCAAGAAGGGCUUGUCCCUCAUAGCAAAGCAGCUCUGGAGUCCAAGGCAUCUCUCUCAGCCAGCCUUCAGCCAGGCUGCCCAAGAUGAAUGCCAGUCUUUAUUCUCCCUUCUUCCUCCCAGAACACCCUGCUAAAAACUCCCUUUUCUCCUCUCACCCAGUUAACCCUGCCAACCUUCCAAAGCCCCGGUCUCUGUUCACACCUCAGGGCAAGGGGAAGGACAGUUUUCUUGCCUUGCCAAUGGCCCUCAAUGGCCCUGUAUUGUUUCUUAAUGUCCCUAACUUGGCCAGGUAAUUUUGCAUAGGCUAGCUCAGGAAUUCCUCUGCAGCUUGUAUUUCACCCUUCAUAUCCCACUUAUUAAUUUCUAGGGUUUAGCACUGCCCCCCAUCUAUAACAAUACAGUAGUACCUCUGGAUACGAACGGGAUCCAUUCCGGAGCCCCGUUCGCAUCCUGAAGUAAAUGUAAGACGCAACUGCGUGUCUCCGCGGGUCGCGUUUCACCGCUUCCACGACAGCGUGUGACGUCAUUUUGAGCGUCUGCGUGAGCAGCGAAACCCGGAAGUAACGCACUCCGUUACUUCCAUGUCACCACGGAGCGCAACCCGAAAAUAUUCAUCCCGAAGCUACUUCAACCCGAGGUAUGACUGUAUUAUGCAGUUAAGAACUCUCCCAAAGAGGAGCUUUGGGGCAUUUUUGAGUGGGCUCCAAACAGAUGUUUCUACUAUUUCCACAUCCGCUUUCAUAGAACGAGAUGCCUGUUCUCAGAUCCUCUUUUUAAAACAAAACAAAACGUAGGAGCUGUUUCCUUAACACUGAAGAGAGGAACCCAGUCAUCUUGCAGACACUGGGUGGAACUGUUGGGACCGUGUGACUUUUUAUUUUAUUUUUAUUUUUUAAUGAUAUUUAUUGAAAUUUCAAAAAAUACAAAGAAUACAAAACAAAAAAUAGAAAAUACAAAAGCUUACACAAAAAAGAAAUACAAAAAUAAAAAUAAAAAUAUGAAAAAGUAGAAGAUGCAGAAGAAAAAUAAUAAUAAAGAAGAAAAAACAAAACAAUUUCAUUAUUUUCAGAUCCUUAACUGUCAUUACCUUCUUUCUUAGACCUCCUCCUCCUCCCUUCCUUUGUAUUCUAGUUGUUAAUUAUCCCAGCAAAUCCUUUCUAAUCCUAUCUUUCUAUAAUAAAAUAAACCUUAAAAUUUAAAAUUUAAGUCUUAACUUUACCAGCUUCUUGUGUUCAUAAUGUUCUUUCAUAAUUCUUUAUACAUCUUUACUAAAGCCAGGUAAUUUCUCCAACAUUUUUCUAUCAUUCAUUUUUCUGUCAUUCUAUCAUUCAUCAACUUUAUAAAACAUUCUAUUAGUUAAAAAAAGAAAAAAGAGAAAAAAGCAUAUAAACAAGUCCAAUCUUUAUCCAACGUCCCUUCCUCCUGGUUCCGGGAUUUGUCAGUCCUUAUUCCUCAAUCUAACCCGGUGACCUUAUGUCCGAGGCCCUCAGGUCACUUCCAUGGCCCUUCCGCGGCUUUUCUUCAUAUUUGUGGCUGUAGUCACUUGCUCGUAGUAACUCCAACUUAAUAGUGUUUUUGGCCCUUCUCAUCAAGUCAAACCCUUUUCCAUAUUCAUCGCUGCAUUCCAUGUAGUAUUUAAGAGCAUGCUUCAAGGGCCCUCCGAAAUUGUGGGCCCCCACAAUUCCAAACAUGUCGCAGCCUGUUACUGUAUUUAAAAAGUCCAGAUAUCCCGACAUAGGGGGGUCAAUCCAGCCCCCCAUUUCCAAACCACAGCGAACUUUCCCUUCCCAGAUCUGGUUUUUUCCAAGUUCCUUUGUCAAAUCCAAAGGAUCAAACUCCUGUUGAAACUGUUCUGUCAAGCCACACUCCUGAUUUAAUGCCACAAACCCCUGUUCUGUCAAAACACACUCCUGGUUUGAGUCCUGGAUAGACUCCACAUAUAUUCCCACAGUCUGAUCAAAACCUUCCACUGCCUGUCUAAGAUUCCCAGUCGAGUUGGCCAUCUGGUUCACCUUAUCAUAUAUUUCUUCCAGUAGAAUAUUUGUUUUAUUAAGCAGGCACACCACAACUUCUGAAAACAUUGUUGCGCUUUCCCACGGUUAUUUGUAGCAACUGUCAAGUCCUUGGCAUUAGUUACAGUUUCAAAGGCUCCCCCUAGGGAGAAGACUUAUAUUUGUUUUUGCUACAUUUCCAAGAUACUUGAAAUACUUUAUCCAUAUAUAUUCCUUUAAAAUGCGAAAGGGAACAGUAAAGUCACAAAGAUUCACUUCUUUUAGCUAUCUGUCACACACAGUUAUCUUGAUAAAUUCACGUCAGUCCUGACUUCCCCGCUCCAGGAUCAGGACGAAAAUAACUUCCUUUUACUGCUUCAAGUAGUCCAAAAAAAUAUUCCCAAUUUAAAAUGUUGGAAUCCACUCUUUUAAAAGCAAUUUUCAAAGCUCUAGUGUAAAUUGCCUUUGCUUUGUUCUAUUUACAAAAGAACGGAAGGGUGACUUCCUGUUUAGCCCUUCCCGCUCCGUACCAAAUUCAAUAGAUUUUUUCUCUUUUUUUUAUAAUCCAAUUCUGUCCUUUUCCCAAAUCUUCAUUUACUGUCCCAAUUUGUUCAAAUUCUAAGUACUCAUGGGUAUUUGUUUUAAAGUCCGAAUUGUCCAGGAAAAAAGGCAGCGCUCUCCGGCAACAGCUACGCGGCUUCACUCCACAAAAGAAGCAGACGACUCGCAGCACAGCGCCACUUCCCCGCUCUGUUCCGGAGCCUGUUGCCGGGUUCCUUUGCAGAUUGGGGGGGCGCAAACAGUGCCCGCCGAGUCCCAGGGUCACAGGCUUCACCCGCCUGUGGUUUAAAGGGUCCCCGCUGCGCCGAAGCGGUGUUAGACCCGAUUUCUGUGGAGCAGUUUCCCUCCGAGUUAGAGGGAUUCCGCCAUUGCCGUUGGCGCCACCUCCGGAAGUCCGGGACCGUGUGACUUUUUAGUCCAGGGAAAAGGAAAGUAAGAGGGGACAAGAUAGAAGUCUAUAAAAGUCUUGUGAAAAGGAAAGUGGUGGGAAAAUGCACAUGAAAGUGUGGAAUACACCUUGCUUUGACACAGCUCCAUUUAACCACUUUGUAAACAAAUAAGGAUAAAUGCUCAUCAAAUAGGCAACAUUGUAGAAUCUGCAGACAGAUCAGGAGGAAUGCUCAUAAACAGCCCCACAUAAGCAAAUCAGGACAAGUGCUCAUUGAUGUAUAACCUCCCUGCAAGCAAAUCAAAGAAAUAUAAGAAAUGGAAGAAAGGGGAAAUCACAAAGGAGGAGUAUACACGAGUAGCCAGUGGUUGCAGGGUGAAGGUCGGGCUGGCUAAAGCUCAGAAUGAGCUCGGGCUUGCAAGAGAGGCUAGCAAUGAUAAUAAUAAAGGUUUCAUCGGAUAUGUCCGAAACAAGAGGAGGAAGAGGCAAGCGGUAGGUCCUCUGCGUGGAGAAGGUGGAGAAAGGUUGUUGGGUGACAACGAGAAAGCACUCUCAACACCUAUUUUGCCUCUGUCUUUACCCAAAAGGAAAGCAGUGCCCAAGCUGGUAAAAAGGUAAAGGUAAAGGGACCCCUGACCAUUAGGUCCAGUCGUGACCGACUCUGGGGUUGCAGCGCUCAUCUCGCUUUAUUGGCCAAGGGAGCCGGCGUGCAGCUUCCCAGAAUUCUGGCAAACCACAGCAGCGCACAAAAACACCGUUUACCUUCCCGCGGGAGCGGUAUUCAUUCUACUUGCACUUUGACGUGUUUUCGAACUGCUAGGUGGGCAGGAGCAGGGACCAAGCAAUGGGAGCUCACCCCGUCACGGGGAUUCGAACCGCCGACCUUCUGAUCGGCAAGCCCUAGGCGCUGUGGUUUAGACCACAGUGCCACCCGCCCAACCUGGUAGUAACAGAAUAAAUGAUGGAAGGAGGGAGUUGCAGCCCAAGAUAGGAAAAGAGGUGGUAAGGGAACACCCAUCUACUUUAAAUGCAUUCAACUAUCCAGGGCUUGAUGAGCAGCACUCAAGGGAACUAAAGGCGCUUGCAGGGGUAAUCUCAGAGCCUUUGUCUAUGUUCUUUGAGAAUUCUUGGAGAACAGGUGAAGUCCCUCCAGACUGGAGGCAGGCAAAUGUUGUCCCUAUCUUCAAAAAGGGGAGAAAAGAAGACCUGGGUAAAUACCAACUAGUGAGCUUGACAUCAAUAUCAGGAAAGGUCCUAGAACAAAUAAUUCAACAGUCGGUCUGUGAGUGCUUAGAAAGGGAUGCUGUGAUUACAUGCCAGGUGAAUCUCAUAUCUUUUUUUGAUGGAGUUACAAGCUUGGUAGAUCGGGGAAUGUUGUGGACAUAGUGUAUCUUCAUUUCAUUAAGGCUUUUGACAAAGUCCAAUUCUAUGAGUCUAUUAUUCUAUGAAACACACGAUAAAGACUGACCAUAAUCUAUCCUUCCCGUAGGCUUUGUUCAAGCAAAUCAGGAUGAACACCCAAUAAAUAGGGCAGCUGGAAGAACCCAUAGUUGCAAAACCCGGCCAUUUCAAAAAUGAUCCUAAGCAAAACUAAAUACAUAAACAACAAAAGCAUCACAAAGAGGACCCAUAGAUAUGAGUACACGAGUUUCCCCCCCCCCCAUUUUAAUACCCCUGUUGUUUCAGCAGGCUUUGCUGUUUGACUAUCCUACCCGCCCCCUAAAAGCCUGCCCAACCCUGUCAAUAUCCUGUCCUGCGCUGGCUUCUGAAGCAAGGUGUGUUAGCAACCUGACCGCAGCCUGAUAGGCAGAUGUUUUAUCUGACAAUGGAUCUGGCUAUUCUUCGUAUAGAAUAACCACAACUUAAAGACUCACAGCAACCAUUGGUUUUCCCCGCCGGGGCUGAGAAGAGCAGUAGAUGUGCAUUCGGUGUCCAGGUGCAUUGAUCUUACUUUUAUUUACUUAUAACUUUAUUUAUAUUCCACCUUUCUGAUUCUGGUCCAGCCAAAGGAGCCCACAAUAUCGCAAAGAGCACAAUGGAUGCUGUUGCAAACACCCUCGUCUCUGAGUGGCAAGAGAUUCCAAGAGUGCCUGCACAUAACCAGGGUUUGGGUUUCCUUGGGGUUUUUCCACAAGAGUUUUUCUAAAGGACUCUGAGCAACUUGCAGAGUUAAUGAUUAACUCUUACUCUGCCACCCACUUUUUUUUUUGUCAAGGGCCACCUGAAAUCAGGCCAAGGGCUGGUGUUUGCUCACACCUUGUCUUCCAGGAAUGGACUGCCUUUCAGCCAGGCUGCACAGGACAACUUGAUGAUAAAGAUCAUGGGUAGGCAAACUAAGGCCUGGAGCCCAGAUCCGGCCCAAUUGCCUUCUAAAUCCGGCCCGCAGACGGUCCGGGAAUCAGUGUGUUUUUACAUGAGUAGAAUGUUUACUUUUAUUUAAAAUGCAUCUCAGGGUAAUUUGUGGGGCAUAGGAAUUCGUUCAUUAUUAUUUUUUCAAAAUAUAGUCUGGCCCCCCACAAGGUCUGAGGGACAGUGGGCCCGGCCCCCUGCUGAAAAAGUUUGCUGACCCCUGAUAAAGAUUUUCCAGAGAUCCCUGAGAUACCUCUUAAGGUUUUCAUUGAGGGAUGCUUUAAAACCUUAGGAACAUAGGAAGCUGCCCUACCCCGAGUCAGACCAUUUGUCCAUCUAGCCCAAUAUUGUCUACACUGGCUGGCAGCAGCUCCCCGGGGUUUCAGGCAGGAGACAUUCCCAGCCAUACCUGGAGAUACCAGAGACAGAACUUGAGACCUUCUGCAUGCAAGGCAAAUGCUCUAGCACUGAAUCAUGGCCCUUCCUUCAGAAGAAACUCCUUGAACAGAGUUUCAAAAUCUAGAUCAUCAGAUUGCCCAGAGUCGCUUAACUGAAAGGCAGUACAUUCCUGGAGCACUGCAGAUAUUAAUAUUGUUCAGGUUGAAGCAAACGGAUGCAUAAAAACUGACUCCUCUUCUUGGAAUAAAACAUUGUCCAGACAAUGUAUUAAGUAGUGCAUUAAUGUGUUAAGUAUUGUUCAAAACUUUACUUGCAGAACUUUCUUCCAAAACAGGUAUAAAACAAUCAAAGAUACGUCCAGAUAGUUCCAUGAGACACAUGCCUGUUCUUAGAAAUAAAAUAACUUAUAAGCAGAGCUGACAAACAUAGCGCUCUCUCUCUCUCUCUCUCUCUCUCUCUCACACACACACACACACACACACACACACACAGGCUCCAUUAGCCUGCAUUUCAGCCCAAGACUGUAAGCUCCUUGGAGUGAGUAAUUUGCACAUCCUUCACUCACGGAGCCUGGGAACAAAGAAAACAGCCACCAGCCUUCCAAGAUGGUGAUUUGCAAUUGAAUACCUUGAUUAUGUGAUCUAAGGUUAAACACUCAUGUGAUAGAGCAGAGAACAUUCUCAGUUAAUCGUUAACUUAAUCAGAGCUCAGAAAGCUCUUAGUAUGCUGCUGUGGAAAAUCUCCAAAGUCAGCAAUACACAUUCAAGAAUUCUCCAUUUUGGUCUCAGUUAAACAAUUAUACUUAACAUGGAGGACAAGGAGUAGGCAAAUUUCAGCCCUCACAUGGCCCUUGGUCUAAUUUCCUGGUGGUGGCAAAGGGGGGUCCUUCUUUGGAUCUGCUUCUUCCACCACUUCCCUGUAACCCCUGGCAGAUUAUCCCCAGAAGAUAUGUCACCCUCAGCAGGAAAAAGGUUCCCCAGCCCUACUGUAGGGCAACAGUUAAGUCUGGCCAGUGAAUAAGCCCUCUACAACAUUCCCCAUGAUCCUUUGCCUCAUGCGAGGGUUCAGUGGCAGGCGUGCCAAGCAGAAGGGCUCCUUGUGAGACAAGUCAGUGCAGAAAUGAAACAGGCUACAAAAACUUUCCCUGAAGCUAGAAAGUAUCAAAACCACUAGCCCAAUGCAAAUUCUAAUUUGUCCAAUCCUCUUUUAAAACCAUCCAAAUUGGUGGCUGUCGUGGAGCGAGUUCUCUAGUUAUCUAUGCAUGUGUGAAGAAUGUUGUCAACUAGAUGCAUGGAACUGAAGCGUGGGUAGAGAUGGUUCUUCUAAUCCUAAACUUACUUCUCCACAUUUCCACAUCAGUCCUUGUGAAAAUUCCCCUUCAUUUUAGUGCAAAUUCUUCCUAAUAUCCUAAUUUUUUAUUUUCCUUUUACACGAUCUUGCCUAAUACACACGUUUUUGCAAAACAGAUUCCCCUAAAAUAGUGCAAUUUUGUAUGUUAUUUUCACCAGCAUGUGCAUUUCUGGAGAACUGCAUUGCAAAAUUCAGAGAACCACAAAUUUUGACAGGAGGCAUCAUUUGGGGGGGGGGGGGUUGCAUCGUUUUGGGAAGUGUGAAUUGGGUAGGUUCACCGUUAAAUGUGAACGCCUUCAAACGUUGUGGUGCAGUUCUCCUGCAAAGUAAUGUACAGAAAGUCAUGCACAAGUGAAAAUAACAUACAAAAACAUUCCUCUUUGGCUGAUUGACGGCCAAUGCCCUUUUAAAAUGUGUUGGGGAAAGGGGGUUCAUUGGGUUGUUUUUGUUAGUUAUUUCUAUUAUGCAUUUCGUAUUUUUAUAUUGUGGUUUUGUGUUGUAGCCGCCCUGAGACCUGUGGGUGUAGGGCAACAUACAAAUUUAAAUAAGAAUAAGAAUUUCUUGCACAAAAGUAUAUUAGUCAAAACUGCAUGCAAAAAUCUGAGUAUUAGAAUAAAUUCAAACCAAAUGCUGACAAAUUUUCAUGAGGCUUAUUUUUAUUUUUAUUAUUCAAAUUUCUGCAGAAAGGUAAAGAACUUGAAUUUAAGCCGGGGGGGGGUGAAAAACAGGGAACCAAAACGGGCAAAUCUGUCCAUCCUUAAUCUAUCGAAACGUGUUGGGUUUGGCCUUUAAGGUGCCACAGGGGGUAUUUUCUCUCUCUCUCUCUCUCUCUCUCUCUCUCUCUUUCCCUCUCUCUCUCUUUCCCUCUCUCUCUCUCUCUUUCUUUCUUUCUAGCUGGUGCCACUUGCAUAAUUUCUUACACAUAGUGGCACAGGAAAUAUAAAAGGCAGAAGGAACUGAGAAAAGGUGGGGGCCUCCCUGGGAGGGAUAGGGCUGUUUACGUUAACUGAGGCCCCAGCCAUUUACAACUUUCUCUCGACGGCAAGGCUUGCAGUUGGUUUCUGUGUUAGCGUUGCAAGAGGCGAUGAUGAAAGGGCUCUUGCACCAUGCAGACGCUCUCGCUAUUGAGCUCCAGGGGGCUUCCAGAAGUGGAGCAAGACCCAGGCAAAAAGUCCAGAGGGGAGGGAGGUCAUGGCUUUGAAGCAGAUCAUGAGGCUCACCAAGGAAGAAAAUAAAAGUCCCUAGAAUCAUAGAAUCAUAGAGUUGGAAGAGACCACAAGGGCCAUCGAGUCCAACCCCCUGCCAAACAGGAAACACCAUCAGAGCACUCCUGACAUAUGGUUGUCAAGCCUCUGCUUAAAGACCUCCAAAGAAGGAGACUCCACCACACUCCUUGGCAGCAAAUUCCACUGUCGAACAGCUCUUACUGUCAGGAAGUUCUUCCUAAUGUUUAGGUGGAAUCUUCUUUCUUGUAGUUUGGAUCCAUUGCUCCGUGUCCGCUUCUCUGGAGCAGCAGAAAACAACCUUUCUCCCUCCUCUAUGUGACAUCCUUUUAUAUAUUUGAACAUGGCUAUCAUAUCACCCCUUAACCUCCUCUUCUCCAGGCUAAACAUGCCCAGCUCUCUUAGCCGUUCCUCAUAAGGCAUCGUUUCCAGGCCUUUGACCAUUUUGGUUGCCCUCCUCUGGACACGUUCCAGUUUGUCAAUGUCCUUCUUGAAGUGUGGUGCCCAGAACUGGACACAGUACUCCAGGUGAGGUCUGACCAGAGCAGAAUACAGUGGCACUAUUACUUCCCUUGAUCUAGAUGCUAUACUCCUAUUGAUGCAGCCCAGAAUUGCAUUGGCUUUUUAGCUGCCGCGUCACACUGUUGGCUCAUGUGAAGUUUGUGGUCAACCAAGACUCCUAGAUCCUUUUCACAUGUACUGCUCUCAAGCCAGGUGUCCCCCAUCUUGUAUUUGUGCCUCUCAUUUUUUUGCCCAAGUGCAAUACUUUACAUUUCUCCCUGUUAAAAUUCAUCUUGUUUGUUUUGGCCCAGUUCUCUAAUCUGUCAAGGUCGUUUUGAAGUGUGAUCCUGUCCUCUGGGGUGUUAGCCACCCCUCCCAAUUUGGUGUCAUCUGCAAAUUUGAUCAGGAUGCCCUUGAGUCCAUCAUCCAAGUCGUUGAUAAAGAUGUUGAAUAAGACCGGGCCCAAGACAGAACCCUGUGGCACCCCACUAGUCACUCUUCUCCAGGAUGAAGAGGAACCAUUGAUGAGCACCCUUUGGGUUCGGUCAGUCAGCCAGUUACAAAUCCACUGAGUGGUAGCAUAGUCAAGACCACAUUUUACCAGCUUCUUUACAAGAAUAUCAUGAGGCACCUUGUCAAAUGCCUUGCUGAAAUCAAGGUAGGCUACAUCCACUGCGUUCCCUUCAUCCACCAGGCUUGUAAUUCUGUCAAAAACGAGAUCAGGUUAGUCUGACAUGACUUAUUUUUCAGAAAUCCAUGCUGACUAUUGGUGAUCACAGCAUUCCUUUCUAGGUGCUCACAGACUGUUUGCUUAAUGAUCUGCUCCAGAAUCUUCCCUGGUAUUGAUGUCAGACUGACUGGGCGGUAAUUAUUUGGGUCCUCUCUUUUCCCCUUUUUGAAAAUAGGGACAACAUUUGCCCUCCUCCAGUCUGCCGGGACUUCGCCUGUUCUCCAGGAAUUCUCAAAGAUGACUGCCAGUGGUUCUGAGAUCACAUCUGCCAGUUCUUUUAAUACUCUUGGAUGCAGUUCAUCUGGCCCUGGAGACUUGAAUACAUCUAAACUAGCCAAGUAUUCUUGUACUAUCUCCUUAGUUAUUCUGGGCUGUGUUUCCUUUGCUGAAUCAUUUGCUCCAAAUUCUUCAGGUCGGGCAUUGUUUUCUUUAUCGGAGAAGACUGAGGCAAAGAAGGCAUUGAGGAGUUCAGCUCUUUCUGUGUCCCCUGUUUGCAUUUCACCAUCUUCUCCUCUGAGUGACCCCACUGUUUCUUUGUUCUUCCUUUUGCUACGGACAUACCCAUAAAAGCCUUUUUUGUUGCUUUUAACCUCUCUAGCAAGCCUGAGUUCAUUCUGUGCUUUAGCUUUUCUGACUUUGUGUCUACACGUGCUGGCUAUUUGUUUGAAUUCCUCUUUGGUGGUUUCCCCCUUUUCCAUUUUUGUACACAUCCUUUUUAAUCUUAACUCAGUUAAAAGUUCUUUAGAUAGCCACCCUGGCUUCUUUAGGCACCUUCCAUGUUUCCGUCUCAUUGGUAUUGCCUGACGUUGUGCUUUUAGUAUCUCCCUCUUAACAAACUCCCAGCCAUCAUGAACUCCCUUUCCUUUUAGUAUUACUGUCCAUGGGAUCUCACCCAGCACUUCCCUAAGUUUUAUGAAGUCAGCUUUCUUAAAGUCAAGAAAUUGAGUCCUAGUAUGCUUGGCUGCUCCUUUCCGCUGUAUAGUAAACUUCAGAAGAGCAUGAUCACUUGCGCCUAAUGAUCCUUCCACUUCUACCCCACUAACCAGGUCAUCAACAUUGGUUAGGACCAGAUCUAAAAUGGCUGUUCCUCUUGUUGCUUCUCCCACUUUCUGGACAAUGAAGUUGUCUGCAAGGCCAGUGAGGAAUCUGUUUGACCUUAUGCUCUUGGCUGAGUUUGACAUCCAACAAAUAUCCGGGUAAUUGAAGUCCCCCAUUACUACUAUCUCCCUUCCUUUUGCAUGCUUGGCCAUCUGUUCCAGGAAGGCAUCAUCUAUGUCCUCCGUUUGGCUUGGGGAUCUAUAGUAAACUCCCACAAUGAGGUCACUGUUAUUCUUCUCUCCUUAAUUUUGACCCAAAUGCUCUCACUUUGGCUUUGAGGUUCUAAAUCUUGGAUCUCUUCACAGGUAUACACAUCCCUGACAUAUAACGCCACUCCUCCUCCUUUCUUGUCUGGUCUGUUUCUCUGAAAUAGAUUGUAUCCCCCAUUAUUACAUUCCAAUCGUGGGACUUAUCCCACCAGGUUUCAGUGAUGCCUAUUAUGUCAUAUUUAGUUUGCUGUACCAAGAGCUCAAGCUCAUCUUGUUUAUUUCCCAUGCUUUGCGCAUUAGUGUACAGACAUUGAAGUCCAUUAAUCAUUCCCCGUGACUCUUAUUUAAGGAUUUUUCCUCCCACCACUAGGUCUGUGUGCUGUUUGCUCCAUUUGGUCUAUGACAUUUGGAUGAUCAUCUUCAUCAAUUGAUAGACUCCUACCUUCAGGAGCACUAUCUCCCUCCCCACAUUAGUCAGUUUAAAGCCCUCCUGAUGAGGUUUCUGAGAUUUUUGGCAAAAACAUUUCUCCCAACCGUUGUGAGGUGCAGCCCAUCGCUUGCCAGAAGUCCAUCUUCAAGAAACUGCAGUCCGUGAUCUAAGAAUCCAAACCGUUCCUGUUUACACCAUUUGCGAAGCCAGCUGUUCACUUCCACUAUUUUCCCCUCUCUCCCUGGGCCACGUCGUUCAACUGGGAGGACAGAUGAGAUCACAAUUUGUGCAUUUAAUUGCUUCAAUUUCCUGCCCAGAGCCUCGUAGUCUCUUUUGAUCUUCUGGAGGCUAUUGCUUGCAGUGUCAUUGGUUCCCACGUGAACCAAGAGGAAGGGGUAUUUGUCAGUGGGUUUUAUGAUUCCUUGCAGUCGUUCAGUUACAUCUUGGAUCUUAGCCCUGGGAGACAGCACACUUCCCGAGACAUCUUGUCAGGCCCACAGAUCACUGCUUCUGUUCCCCUCAGUAGGGAAUCCCCUAUCACCACUACACGCCUCCUCUUAGGUUUGGCCGGGGUUCUUCUGUGAGCUGUCCGCUCCAAGGUCGCCUGCACAUUCCCUGAGGACUGACUUUGCUGCUCGUCUUCAUAUACCUGAUCGACUGUAAUGAGGGAGAGAUCCUCAAAUGGAGUCUGCUCUUCGUCUUCCAUGCUAGGGAGAGGACCUCAAAGCGAUUGUGUAUUUCUAAACAAUCAGAGCGAACCCUGGGCCUCCUACUUCUUUGAGUCACGUUUCUCCAUAUAUCUGGCUCCUGUGUUGGUGAACUAGCGUCCUUCUCAGGGGAGUCCCCUGUCUCCUCCUCCCUAUCAGAGAAGAAUCCCUGGGAUGCGGGUGGCACUGUGGGUUAAACCACAGAGCCUAGGACUUGCCGAUCAGAAGGUCGGCGGUUCGAAUCCCCGCGACGGGGUGAGCUCCCGUUGCUCGGUCCCUGCUCCUGCCAACCUAGCAGUUUGAAAGAACAUCAAAUGCAAGUAGAUAAAUAGGUGCCACUCCAGCGGGAAGGUAAACGGCGUUUCUCUGUGCUGCUCUGGUUCACCAGAAGCGGCUUAGUCAUGCUGGCCACAUGACCCGGAAACUGUACACUGGCUCCCUUGGCCAGUAAAGCGAGAUGAGCGCCGCAACCCCAAAGUCGGGCACGACUGGACCUAAUGGUCAGGGGUCCCUUUACCUUUACCAGAGAAGAAUGGCAGAUCAAGUUGAUGGAUUACGCCAAAAUGGCUAAAAUGACCGGAAGAAUCAGAAAUCAGGAAGACCAAAAUUUUAAUAAGGAAUGGGGGAAAUUUGUAACUUAUCUUAAAAACCAUUGUAAACAGUUAAAAUUGUUAGUGGGAUUGGAAUAACACUUGUUGCUUAAUGGUGAAUUUUCGACACAACGGAGAGGUAAAAAGAUUUGGAUUAUUAUAAAAGAUGCAGAAGGAAAUGAUUAGCAAUAGGACCCAGAAAAGGGAGGAGGGAAGUCCAGGAGGUUCUUUGGAAUCUGGGUUCUAUGUUGUAUGUUGGCUAUGUGACUGCAAAAUUUUAUUCUGAAAAACCAUAUAUACAAGCAAAUGCAGACGGGCUGGCCAGGGAGGGUUUGCAAAUCCACUGCAACCAGAAUAAGAAAACAAGCAAUGAAAGCUGUAUUGGGAAAUAGGAAAAGAGAAGGGCCAUAUAUCUCAGUGGCAGAGCAGCUGCUUGCAUGGAAGGAGUCCCAGGUUUAAACCCCAGACAGGGCUGGAAUUUGCCCCCUGCCUGAAACCAUGGAGAGUCACAGCCAGUCAAUGCAAAUAAUUUUGAGCUAGAUGGGCCAGUGGUCUGACACAGCAGAGGACAUCUUCCUGUGUUUCUAUGAAAGAUCAAGCGCAGCUUUCAUUUGUGGGGUAAACAAGCAUCAGAACCACGAUGGCAGACAGCUCAUCCCUCAAUCUCCUCUCGUUCUCUCUUCGUUUGUUGUUGAUGUCAGAGGUUUGAGUCCAUGGAUCCCUUGACCAACUAUGUUCUUCCUGUGGGGCUCAGGAGCCCAGUUAGAUCACCCCUCGCCUGCAGAGCUGGCAGCCUCUCACCCUUUUUCAAACACUCCCUUGUGGGGUGUUCCCUCAGUCUCCUCUCCUUGAGAGUCCUGCAGGCAGCUGCUGCUGCUGCCGCCGCCCCUGGUCUCUGAGCUGCCCCACCCUACCCCAAAGAAAGGUGCCUCCUUAUAGUGCUCCACAGAGGCCUGGAACCUGUCUGUCCAUUCCCAACAGCAAGGGCUGGCGGACUAACUGGCUGGGCUCCCUCGCCCGCUUGCUUGCUUACUCCGAGGCCAACUCAGCUCCUGGCAACCAGCGGCGUAGCUAGCUGCUUGGGUGCCUGGUGGGGCGCACAUGUCCUGCAGCCAGGGGCGGAGCAAGCCGCCCAAGGGGCAGGGCAAACUGCCCACAGCAGCGGGGUGAGCCAAGGCAGGGUGCACUGCUUGGACUGGCCAGCACCCCUGACCAGCCACAAAGGCAAUAUUCGCCUGCUGAGAUUGUAGCCAGGGCUGCUGCAACAAACAGCUGUGCAAGCCUUUAGAGGCAGAGACACGAGAGGGCAUCAGAAGAGGGAGGGAAGGAAAGAGGGGCAGAGGCCAGGGUUGCCCACAGCAUCCCUGACCAUCAUUCAAGGCACACUGGUUGAAAACCACUAGUUUAUGUAUUUAGUUUUGCUUAGAAUCGGUUUAUCCAAUUAUUUGUUGCUUUAUUGAAAUCGUUUUUAUAGGGCAAGAAACUACAACAGGGUUUCCCUAACCAUGGUCCAUGAACUUCAUUCAGAUGGUCUGCAAAUUAUCGUGGGAUUUGCGGUUGAAGAUGGGAGACGGCACUUCUGUUGCAUUUAAUAUUCAUAAUGAUCUUUAACCACAUUUCAUUGCUUCUUUUAUCAUAGAUUUUUUAUUGUACAACAAUUUGCAUUCCAUUUAUCAGACAGCAUCUAGCACAGCACUUUGGAAUAGCUACAACAAGCAGAAAAAUCAUUCAGUGGUCUGCCAAGAACCUCAGUGCUCGGGCUGAGGGGAGUUGAGGAACCCCUGCUCUAGGAAAUUGGGUUGAGAGGAGAGAAACAAAUAGACACAGAGAUUCUUGGUGACAUCACAGGUGCUGGCCAAUCAGCACUAUACGCAGCUACCAUUAAGCUUGACACAAGAUAGGAACAGUAUGUUUGGGGUGAGUGCAGUGCAUAUUGUUCAUAUUAAAUUUGAGACACACCCUUGGCUUGACACUCUGCAAGAAUUUUGCAAACCUGGCUGUGAUUUUAGCCUCUUGAGUCAUUUUCAAAACUGAAAGUUGGAGAGCUAGAAAAUUCCCCAGGCAUGCUCUGUUUAGGUAUUGCAUUUAUAUUCCAUACUUGCAGGGUUCAAAUAAAAACAAAAUCCUUCUCAAGCUGCCAGGCAGCCUCCCUUCCUGCCCCCAUUGACUGCUACACAUGGGCUUGACUGAGGUGUAGCCCUGGCUGCCAUAGAGGUGGAUUGGGGCCUUCUUAAAGGGGCGUUCGUGCAAGGCAAUCCCUUGCAGAUCUUCUCAAGGGUCCCCUCCCAGCCCUACCAGGCAAUGCUGGGAAUUGAACCUGGUACCUUCUGCAUGCAAAGCAGCUGUCCUACCACUGAUCAAGAGCCCUUCCCCUUUCAUUAGGGGCUUUGCAUAAAUGGUGGCUUUCGAGGGGGGGCUUGAAGAAAGAUCGCAGGCCAGCAUUGGCCUGUUCCCAUUCCUUAGCGCAUCUAACUUUCUCCGUUUUGCUUCCAGACCUUCCAAAGGCCCAGAUGAAGGAGCCCAGAUGAGUAACGCCAUGUGCAAUUCCACGGCCAUGCCGUACCAAGACAGCCAGCAUCUUCUGGUUGCGGUAUACAGCACCGUCUUUAUCAUAGGCAUCCCAACCAACUGCUUAACUGCCUUCUUGACGCUCGUUCAGAUUCGCAAGGGAACCAUCGCUGCCAUCUACCUCUUCGGCCUCUCCCUUUGCGAACUGAUGUACCUGUGCACCCUCCCUCUUUGGAUCCUGUACGUGCAAAACGGCCGCGAUUGGAAGCUGGGGGACCUAUCUUGCCAGGUGACAGGAUACAUCUUUUUCUGCAACAUCUACAUUAGCAUUCUAUUACUGUGUUGCAUCUCCAUCGACCGCUACGUGGCGGUCGUGUACGCGCUGGAAAGUAGAGGGAUACGGCGCCAGAGGAUGGCUGCGAUAGUAACCACCUCCCUCUUUGUCACGGUUGCUGUGAUCUAUUGCCCCAUUUUUUUCCAGGAAGAAAUACAUCAAAAGAAAAGCAGGAUCUGCUUUGAAACGCCGCUCAACCGCCGUAUAGCCUCUUACAACGUGGCACGGUUCUUUGUGGGCUUCCUCAUUCCAUUCACUCUGCUCCUUUUCAUGAACUACCGGAUCUUCCAAAGUAUCAAGAGGAGCUGCAGCCUCAGCCCACCCCAGAAAACGAAAGUGAAGCGCCUGGCAAUUGCCAUCAUUGCCAUAUUCCUGGUCUGCUUCGCCCCUUACCAUGUGGUGCUCCUCAUCAGGUCCGGAGUCUACUUUCUCCACCCAGCGGAGAGCUGCAGUUUCGAGAGAGGCAUCUACACAAUCUCUGUAGUGUUCCUCUGCUUCUCCACUGCCAACAGUGUGGCCGACCCCUUCAUCUACGUGCUGGCUAGCGAGAACGCCAGGCAUGAAAUUUGCCGGGCUUUCGCGGCGUGCGGGAUUCAGCUGUCCAGCGGCUCCAAGACGGACAGCAGCAAGGCUGACGAUUCCCAAAGGCCGACGAAGGAGACAGGAAAUAAAGAGGACAGGUAGCACCACCUCCUCUGCAGGACUUGUGUGUUAAAAAGCAAGUGGGUGGGAGGCAACGCCUUCAUCUUCCCCUUGUGUCACUUGGGCUGAGUCACAACUUGCCCACUUUGGGGGAUAAGCACUGCCCAGUGCACAGUGCGGUCUCGUUUGCAUUGUGCGCGAUGAAUAGCCCUUUCAGCAAAUCCUGGCUGUUUUGCAUAUCAGGAUGAUGUCAUGAUGUCGUAACUUGCAGCUGAAUCUGGGGAAUGCUUGUUGAUGCACCAGUGAAGGACCCCACAACACUGGGAGACCCUGCUGGUGAGGAAGCUGGCAUCGCUUGUGCAUGGUUUUUUAUUUAUUGUCCCCUGUACCAAGAGGAAAGGGUUGGAUUACAGCAGUUCAAGAGAAUUCUAAAUGCAGAGAGGAAACUAUUGCAUUACCUCUUUGGGAUAUCCCUUUUUUUUGUGCGAUAUUGGACCUUGUACAAAAACUCACAAGUUUGUAUCUUGAAUAAACGACCCACUUCAUCAC